AUGAUGCAAGUAAACUAUGUUGGAAAUUUUUCUAUUCCUACAGAUCCAGACAUCUAUAAAGAACAAUAUUCAAAAUUAAGAAAGUUAAUUGAAAGUUCCUUGGAUAAAUUUAAGGGUGAACUACAAAGAGCUCUUUGGCCUUUAUUUGUACACUUUUAUUUUGAUCUUGUUUCAAAAGAAUUUUUUAAACAAGAUCACGAAAUACAUUUGAUUGAGAUAAACAAGAUGACAGAUAUAACACUGCCACAACAUAUUCAAGAAAAUGAAUUUGCUCAAAACUUUCGUUCAAAAAAGUAUCCUGUUCCAAUGUCUAAGUUUUCAUAUGAGAUAUUUAUUCUGACAGAAGAUAUUGGGCUAUCACAUACAAACAUUGGAGCUCCUGUCUUUUCUUCACAAGAAGUAGAAGAAUUUAACAAGCAGGAACUUCAAUUAGGAUUCAUGCCAAUGGAACCAGCAUUUCGUGAUGAAGUUGAAAAAAGAUUAAAGGAAGAAGAUGAACGUUUAAGGACUCAAAUUGAAAAUGAGAUGAUGACAAAUUCUAUACCUUCGUUACAUCAAGAAUUUAUAAAUAAAAUUAAAAAAGAACAAACUAUUGAUUCACCACCUAGGUCGUCAGUUCCAUUACCACCAUACAAGGGUGCUGAUAUACAAGCACAAGUUGAUCUUGUAAAAGAUUUGACACAACGGAUAAAUUUAGGUCCUACAAGUCUUCCUUCUGUGUAUUUUUAUGCAUUUUACAACACAUAUAUUAGUCUUAAUUGUUUAUCCAUAUCUGAAGAUGCAACCCUUAUAGCUGGGGGUUUUGCAGAAUCUUAUGUCAAGAUAUGGAGUUUAAAACAUGAAAAAUUAAGGGGACUUCAAGGCCGUAUUAAUACAUUAGAAAUGAAUAACUCAAAUGACCUUGAAAAUGUUAAAGAAAAAAUAGGAAGUGAUUAUAAGAAGCUUCGUGGACAUUCUGGUCCAAUAUUUGGAUUAAGUUUUAAUCCAGAUAAUAAAUAUUUACUUAGUUGUUCGGAAGAUAACACAGCUCGACUUUGGAGUACAGAUCUUUAUACAAAUCUUGUGUGUUACAGAGGUCAUAACUCACCUAUUUGGGAUAUACAGUUUAGCCCUUAUGGAUUUUAUUUUGCUACAGCAUCUAAUGAUAGAACUGCUAGACUUUGGAGCUGUGAUCAUAUUUAUGCUUUAAGAAUUUUUGCUGGGCAUAUAUCAGAUACUGUUAAAUUUCAUCCAAAUUCAAAAUAUAUCUUCACAGGGUCUAAUGAUAAAUCUAUUCGUAUGUGGGAUGUUAGUAGUGGGUCUUGUUUUAGAAUUUUUUCUGGACAUACUGGAGGAGUUAUGUGUUUAGCUGUAUCUGAUGAUGGUCGAUUAUUAGCUUCUUCUGGUAAUGAUAAAUCAAUAAUGUUAUGGGACGUUGGAAGUGGAAAAUGUUUAAAAAAAUUAACCGGACAUACAGAAAUUGUUUAUUCUUUAGAUUUUAGUAAGGAAAGUAGUAUUUUAGUUUCUGGUAGUGCAGAUAAAACUAUUCGAAUUUGGGACGUUUUAAAAGGUAUUUCAGUUGAUUCUGAUACAAAUAACACAUCUUUACUGAAUAAAAAACCCAAAGGAGCCAGCGUAAAACCAUCAAAGGAUCUGCUGAAUACGUUAUGUACUAAAAAUACACCAGUUUAUGAAAUUAAAUUUACAAGGAGAAAUUUAUGUCUUGCAGCUGUUCAAGUUCCAGCCGUGAGGGAGUCAAUCAGAACUGUUCUAGGUGAAUCUGAAGCUAAAAAGCGUAAAUUUGUUGAAACAAUUGAAUUACAAAUUGGUUUGAAAAAUUAUGAUCCUCAAAGAGACAAACGUUUUAGUGGAACUGUCAAACUUCCAAAUCUUCCACGUCCAAAACUUUCUGUCGCUGUUUUAGGUGAUGCGCAUGACUGUGAUCGUGCUAAAGAAAUCGGCCUUGAAUUCUUAAGUGUAGAUGAUCUUAAAAAACUCAACAAGAACAAAAAACUUAUUAAAAAACUUGCUAAAAAAUAUGAUGCAUUCUUAGCAAGUGAAUCUUUAAUUAAACAAAUUCCAAGAUUAUUAGGACCUGGAUUACAUAAAGCUGGAAAAUUUCCAACACCUGUAACUCAUAAUGAUGAUUUAAAUGCUAAAGCAGAUGAGUUACGUUCCACCAUCAAAUUCCAACUUAAAAAAGUUUUAUGUCUUGGAGUAGCAGUUGGCCACGUUAAUAUGAGUGAAGAUGAAUUAGUUGCAAAUAUAAUGUUGAGCAUUAAUUUCUUGGUUUCUCUACUUAAGAAGAAUUGGCAAAAUGUUAGAAGUUUAUAUAUUAAAUCCUCGAUGGGUAAACCUCAACGUUUAUAUUAA